AUUUGUUAAAUUUUUCGACUUUUCGUGACAGCACGUCAUUUUCGACAUUUGAUUGAUAAUUUUCUAAAGAUCUAUCAAAUUAGUUUGUUUGAAAGUUAGUUUAGGCGCUAAAAGAUAUUAUAUUAAUAUUUAAAUGUUAUGAGAACUAUGUGAAGUGUUGGGAGUCCAUUUUCGGUGAUCGGGUUAUCUGCCCAUAAUGUGUGCACAAAAGUGCGUUGUUGAAGGCUGCAACUUGGAAUACGAUGUGGUUUGCAGCUUUUCAUUCUACAAUGCCAACAUAUCUUCGGAUAAUGAUGGGAAACGGCAGGAGUGGAUCGAAGGAGCCAUGCACGAGGAGAGUGAGUGCCUCUGGAGGCACGUCAGCCUGCAGCUGUGCGGGUACCACUUUGAGUUGGACAACCAGGGUCUCUGGAUCGACUCACCAAUGUUGCCAGAGCUGUUGACGUUACAAGAGCCGCCGCCGACGCAUGUUCAGACCGAAAUGGAUAAACAAAGCGGCGGGAGCGGUUACCAAAGCCUAUUCGAAAAAUUCGUUGAAGAUGGCCCAAUACCAAAAGUCAUGGACAUUAUUAAGAUGGAACACAAUUACAACGCUGAACCGACCAAGCAAGAACCGGAGAGUGUAUCCAGACUCAACGUGAGACAACUGGUCGACACCCUAGGAUAUCUAUCUUUGAAGAAUCUACAGCGUAAACAGCUAUGGGUGGUGAAAGUUGAGACAGAGAAGAGUGAAGCAUCCAUUACACAGUCGGAACAGGUCAUCACCAAAAUGCAGGAUCCCAAGCAGAUCAUAGAGAUCAUACCGCAGACCUCAACUGCUGAUACAACAUUACCACAAGGCGAAGUCCUACAAAUAAUGGACGAUGGGAAUAUACCAGAUAAUUUCAUAUACGAAAUAGCUCAAGAACAAGAGAUCUCUAUGGACGAAGUUAAAGAGAUACCAUCCUCCGAUAAUAGGGAAUGGACGGUCAAUAUAAUACCCGAUGAAUCCAAACCCAAGUACGCUUACAUAAAGCAUUGCAACACUGGCAAGAAGAAGCGUCACUUUACAGCGGAAAUGAACGAGAUAACAUUACAAGGUGACUUCGAGAACUAUUACAUAUUGCCAGAUGUAGAUCCGUCGGUCGGUGUUGAAAUUACAACGAGCUAUGAACCGGAGAAUUAUAUUGUCGAGGAGUACCAGCAUUUGGUUUUGGAGGAGAGGCCGAGAAAACGGUCUAAAGAUACACCGGAAUCGUCGAAGAAAACUAAGAAGAAAAGGUUCUCUGCUGUUCGGGAACAGGUGAAGCAGAUACAGCUGAGAAACGAGGAACAGGACUGGGUUAUCGAGAAUAAUAUUGCUUACGAGCAAGACGCUGAAGAGUAUGAAGACCCUAAGAAGGCUAGAGUGAGACGGAAAAAUAAAAAGUACCUAGGGUAUGAUUUUGUGACUUAAUUAUUUUUGUGUUCGAUUAUCGGGAAGUAGUAAUUUAGUGUUGUUUUCGUCUCUUAAUUCAAAUAUCUUAUUACAUUCACACUGGCGUUAAAGAAAAAGGAUUUGAUACAUUUAUUAUGGCUAUGAAUUGAUUAAUUUAAAUUAUCAAUAAAUUAUAAUUCAAUAAAAUCUUUACUUCCAUGAUUCUGAGAUAUAAGUAAGAUAUAAUAGUUUGUUUUGAUUUUAAAAAAAUAUCCUCCAGUUUAAACGUCCAUACAAUGUCUCGCCAAUGAGCAUUAUGCAUCAUCAAAAUUGUUUUCACACUGUCUUACGCAAAUUAUUCAUUAAAAAUGUAAAUAAGUAAUUAAUAUAGAUAAGCAAAAGUAUGGGUCCUAAUAUUGAUCCUUGUGGCACUCUCAAAGUAAUUAAUUCUCGUGUAAAUUUUGCUUCAUCUUUAUGAUUUCCAGCAGAAACAUAAGUCUAUUAGAUUUAGUUCGUUUUGGUUAUGAUAAAAGAAUUUAAUGGGUUACAAAGUCAAAUUUUAAUCUUAAAAAAAUCACAAGUUUUUUUUUCUCUUGCAGUGCCAUUAAUAAACAAGGUUUAGCGUCAGAGUAAAUUUACGCUAAAAUUUCAGUUCUAGUAUUAGUCCAAAUUCAUAUUAUACAGACAAUAAGCAAACCUACUACCUUCUAGAAGCAAAUAUUACUCACGUAGCACCUCGCACUAGGUAAACCUUUACCAAGUCUCUGUUUAAUAAUAUGAAUUUUGACUAAUACUAAGUGCAGUCUCAGCGUAAAUUUACUCCAGAGCUAAACCUUAUUUAUUAAUAACACUGUUAAAGUGUAUGUUUGUUUACACAAAAAUCUGCUUUAUGAAUUUAUGCAGUAUUAUAUCUUUAAAUUGGCUUGUUGUCUGUGCUUAAACUACUUCUGUUGCUAAUCUGGUCUGUUCUAUUCUAAAUUCAUAAAUGUUCAAUUACCAUUGGUGUGUAAUGUAAUAAGAUUGAGUUUUAGAUCAGCGAUAUAUCAAUAGUACUUACUUUAUACACAGAUUUUAUAACUGCAAGAGUUAAUAGUGAAUCGUUUCACUUUAAGUGUCACUUAGUUCAUAUUUUCUUCAUAAUUGUGUUCGUAUAGUCGAAGAAUAAUAAAAUUAUAUAAUGCAUUCUUACAUAU